AUGAAGACUUACACAGAUGGGCCUGAGCCCAGGAUGUUUGGCCAGGCUAGACCUGAGAGAUACUGUCUCCUCAAGAUUCUAAAGCAGUGUCAGGCUUUGAGAGAAGCUCUUGUUGCCGCAGGGAAAGAGGUUUUGUGGCAUGGGAGGAUAAAGGAUGAACCAGCUCCUUACUGUAGCAUCUGUGAGGUGGAAGUUUUUAAUUUGCUUUUUGUCACUAACGAAAGCAAUUCUCAAAAGACAUAUAUAGUACAUUGUCAGAACUGUGCACGAAAAUCAAGUGGAAAUUUGGAAAAUUUUGUGGUGCUAGAACAGUACAAAAUGGAGGACCUGAUUCAAGUCUAUGACCAAUUUACAUUAGCUCCUUCGUUAUCUUCUGCAUCUUAAUAUUGUUCCAGAAAUACUGAGGCCGUUGUUCUUCAUGAAAUAUACUACUUAUUUUAUUGUUAUUUCUUAAGACUGCUAUCUCAAA